AUGAUGAAAAACGCUAGUGGUUCAUUCAAUCCUUUCCAAUCGACUGGGUUAGUAGCAGUUGUGGGCACUAUUUUUGCCCUUGUUAUUGCCGGCACAGCGCUUGGCCUAGGAUUAGGCAUCGGGCUUCACAGUGAUAGUCAAAAUCUUACUCUAGUCACAUCAACCACCAUUUCGACAUCAGUGACAACAGCUAGUACCUCAACAACAACAUCAACAAUUCUAUCGACAUAUCAAGGAUCUUUAACGAAUAGUAGUGCAGUGUAUGGCGGUGUGAAUCAAUCAACAACUAACUAUACCUUUGAAGCUAUUCAGGUGUAUACCAAUACGACUGGUACCUAUACUUUUACAGGCACUAGUGGUAGUAAUUUGCAAUUGUACGGAUAUCUUUACAAUGGAACAUUUAUUCCUACGAAUCCACAAACAAACUUGAUUACAAAAUCCGAUAGUUCAUCCGGAUCAUCGCUUCAAUUCAAUUUGACAAGUGCCAUCACGAGUUUCACUGAGUAUAUUUUGCUGGUGACAUCGGCGAACCAAACAUCAACGGGAUCUUUUAAUAUCACUGCAUCUGGUCCUGGAACGAUAUUGUUCACUCGGCGAAAUGUAUACUCACAAUUCGUAAAUUACGGAAGCACGUUUAAUAGUGGCACUGAUCAAGUAACAAAUGGUUCCGUGUAUAUCAAUCUUAACAAUCCAGUUACGGGAGUGGACGGAACAGUUAUUACAGGUUACGUCAGUCAGGUGUCUAUGACGUUCUCUGUAGCACCAAACGCAACGGGAGGUUUGAUUUAUAUUUAUGUAAUGAAUCGAACAGCUACAACGUUAACAUUUACUCCAAGUGGUUUCUAUCAAAUACCUUCGACAUCGCUUUCAUCGACGACAGGCGUUCAAACAGUUAGUCUUCCUCGUAACCAACUUCCUGUAAAUACUGGUCAAUAUAUCGGGGUGGGACAAAGUACAGGCGGUGGUAGUUUAGCCGCUGUUCAGAAUCAGAAUAGUGCAUCUUUUGUUACUUCGAGUUUCACUAGUCUACCUGCUGCUACUUAUACUAAUGUCACCAAUGGCGUUGCAUUUCAAUAUCAAAUUUAUACUGCAGGAGCUGUGUAUGGGUAA